GAGUAACGACCAGGUGGAUCUCACCCAAACCUGACAGAUCAGCCACGAUGCGAUCCAACCUGCCACUCCGAAAACAACGAAGUCGCGCCAAAGAUGGGCCUGCAUUCGUCUUUAUCAACGCUACAGAGAGUGUCUCAGACACCCCGCAGGAGGGGUCGACGCCCAGGGCCCUGAUCAGACGUCAGGCAGCACGCUCAGGGCGCAAACACCAACGGGCGCAGAAUACAAGUAGAGAAGCAAUUAAGAUCGCUGGCCCAUCCAAUCUCACUUCACUGGUUCUUCCCGGCGUGGGAAAAUUAUAUCUAGACGAAAACGGUGCCUGCCAAUUGAUCGACCCGAUUCUUGCCCCGCAGCCUUCGCCUACGGGUUAUGAGGCCCUGCAAACCAAGUAUAAUUUCGAUAUUCGAUAUCUUACGAACUUCUUUGAUGUCUCCCUGGGGAAGCCCUCCUCCAUGCUGCACGAACAGCGCACUUUCCUGGGAAAUCUCCUCCAGAAACAGCCUUCGUCUUUUCUUAACCACCUCCCCAGUCGAUAUGGUUGCAACCAGCAACUUGACGACGCGAUCAACUGUCUUGCUGCCAGGCUUGGGUCGAUAUUUGGGUUUCCAACCAGACCAGCAACAGUAGCAGCGCUAUACGGAAAGGCACUGCAUAGCUUGCAGGUUGCCGUGGCUGACAGGACCUUGAUGCUAAACCCGGAUGUAUAUUGCGCGACGCGACUCUUGACGCUAUACGAGCUGGUUAGCCGCCCAGAAGAUAACCACUGGGUACUUCAUGGGAGAGGCGGACUUGAUCUUAUAAAACAUCGAGGCCCCAGUAAUCAUACCACCGAGUUCGACUGGAUGCUUUUGAAAAGCCAAGGGUUGUUUCUGGUCCUAGAUGACAUGUUCAACCUUCGAGGCUCAAUCUUCGAAGCCCCAGAGUGGCAGAGCGUCUUCAAACAGGCCUCGCAAGCGGCAGCAGAACCAGACGCCCGCCUCUGGUGGGAGAUGUUCGGGCUGAUGUGCUUCGUCCCGGGGAUGGUAUCCGAACUGAAAGCCCUCUUCAUAAAGCCGUUUCCACAGUCCGACCACUUUAAUCAGACUUCUGACCUGCUAGAGCGAGCAAGGUGGCUUUAUGAUAAGAUGAAUGACAGCCAUUUACACUACCAGAAGAACACCCCCUCGCUCUCCCUACUCAGUCUCCCCGUGGGGCCGGAGUCUCUGGAUCGCAUCCGACUCCGCCUAUUCUACCUAACCUGCCUGAUCCAAAUCUGUCGCGCGAUAGCCACAGCGUCCGAGGACAAGAACGAAAGAGCAGCUCGCGAGGACGAAGCACAAGCUCUAGCAGAGCAGGCAUUGCUCAUCCAACAGAAGACCGCAGACCUGGAUCUGGCGAUGUCCUUCCAUCUACAACAAGGCAGGGUUCUUUUCGCAUCCACGGUACGGACAAAGACAGCGUGGGCUUCUGGGGAGCCUGAACUGGCUGCCGAGCUACCGGGAUAUCUAGCACAGCGUUGGCUAGAGUGGCAGAUCCUUGUGGAUGGGUUUAUCAUUGAGUCUUUGGAUGCUUGACCCUGUAUAAUUUGAUGUUGUGCUUUUCCUAUGGCCCAUGUUUGAUGAGAUAUCCAAUUAGCAUGUUGAAUACCCUUUAUGCAUAUAUAUGAUUUGAAAGUAUAAUGGC